GAGAAAGUAAUGGUGGGGUAUUGAAAAAGUAAGAGAGAGAGAGUGGUGGGUGGGCAAUUUUUUUGCUCACCAUUGGGAGAGAAUAUGUGAAAAAAAUUUGCCCAUGAGCAAAACUUAUUUCUUGAGAGAGAAAGUGGAUAGAGAGAGAGUGGGUGAGAGUGGUCUAAGUUCUCUGAAAUUGACAAGGAAGCAACUUGUAUUUUUUCAAUAUAGGAAGGAGAGUGAAGCAAACAAUCUUCCCCUAAAAAAAAGCAACAAUGGCAACGACUCUUGCUAAACUCAGAGCCGGCGUUCAGUCCGCCAUCCGCCGCGCCCGUUCCUCCGAUCACAUCAAACGCUCCUUCUCUUCUUCCGCCCACAAUGACGUUGCUUGUUCAUCUACGGAUACCAAUUGGGAUGUUGGUUUCAUUGGAAUGGGAAAUAUGGGAUCGCACAUGGCUAUGAACCUUUUCAAAUCAGGAUUCAGAGUUUCUGUCCAUGAUGUCAUUCUUGUAUAUAGCAAUCGAGCUGCAGUUCAGCCAUUCUUGGAUAGGGGAGUUCCUGUGAAGGAAACACCUAUGGAAAUUGCAGAAACAAGUGAUGUUGUAAUUACGAUGCUUCCUUCAUCCGCUCAUGUUAUGGAUGUUUAUACAGGGCCAAAUGGCUUGCUUCAUAGUAGCAGUUCUGUACGACCUUGGUUGUUUAUUGAUUCCUCUACAAUUGAUCCGCUGACGUCAAGAAAACUCUCCCUGUCUGUUUCUGGCUGUGCCUUGAAGGAAAAGCUAGGUUGCCAGGAGAAGCCAUUUAUGUUAGAUGCUCCUGUUUCUGGUGGUAUACUUGCUGCAGAAGCUGGAUCAUUGACCUUCAUGGUAGGAGGCACUAAGGAAGCCUACCUGGCAGCAGAACCAUUGUUUCAUUCCAUGGGCAGAGCCUCAAUCUAUUGUGGUGGAGCAGGAAAUGGUUCAGUCGCAAAGAUAUGCAAUAACCUCGCAAUGGCUAUUAGCAUGAUUGGAGUGUCAGAAGCCCUCACCAUUGGUCAGUCUCAGGGAAUUGCUGCGAGUACACUGUCGAGUAUAUUCAACUGUUCAAGUGCUCGUUGCUGGAGCAGUGAUACUUACAACCCAGUGCCCGGGGUGAUGGAUGGGGUACCUUCGUCGAGAAAUUAUCAAGGGGGUUUUGCAUCUAAGCUCAUGGCAAAGGACUUGGAUCUUGCUGCUGUUUCAGCAAAAGAGGCAGGUGUCAAACAUCCAUUGACUAUCCAAGCACAAGAAAUAUACCAUGAACUGUGCAGUGAGAACAAUUCUGCUAAAGAUUUCUCCUGCGUCUUCCGCCAUUAUUAUGGUGGAAAGGAUGAACCAGUCAAGGAGUAGCCUUAAGUCUGAAUCUGUUGGUGAUUAUUUGUAUCACAUGUCAGUAAAUUUGCUCAGAAUUUUAAGUACAGUACUUUUCUCACCUAUGGUUAUGUGUAUAAACUAGAGCAGACUUCAAAACUUUCCAACAAUUAAACGAUAUAUUAUUACUCUAGAAUCAAUGUAUAGCCUAAAUCUUGCUUUGUAACUUUUGAUCCUGAACUCAUAUAUUAGGUUAGGGCAUAUAAUUUAUUUUUGGGAAGCUCUAAAGUCUGCGUCCAAUACAAUUAGAAUUGAAUCAUUGUCGUUUGUAAAUAUUAAGAUACGUUCAAAAUAGCUCAAGAUUGUCA